AUGUGGGCCGUUGACAGCGGGGCAACACAUCACAUCUGCCACGACAAGUUCAAGUUUGCAAGCUUGGUCGAAGGCAAUGAUGGCGAGAUCCUGGUGGCUGAUGGCAACAAGGCGGCCAUCAAAGGUGUGGGGACCAUCGUGGAAAAGGUGAUUCUGCCAAACGGGGAAGAGCGCGAGAUCGAGAUCAAGAACGCGCUCUAUGUGCCCAGCAUGAGCAAAAAUCUGCUCUCGGUGCCGCAGAUUAACAAGCACGGCAACUUCCAAGUGGUGUUUGACGGGGAUACGAUGUACGUAGCUCGCAAGGAUUCCAAUCAAGUGGUGGCAGCUGCGGAUCUUGUAGACGGACUCUACUGGCUUCGCACGACGCAGCGAUCGGCCAAUGCGACAUCACUCAGCAACGCUGUUGAUCUACAUGCGCGAAUGGGCCAUGCUCCAGUCGACGUGCUUCGCAGGAUGGUGACAAGCCACAUGAUCAAGGACGCUCACAUCCCUUCCAAGCCGAAUGGAUCAAGUGUGUGUCGAGGAUGCCAAGAAGGGAAGAUGGUCCAAAAACCAUUCCCGAGCAACCGUGACAAGCGCACCUACAACACCUUCGAGAUGCUCCACUUCGACAUCUGCGGACCCAUGGAAGAAAAAUAUCUGGGUGGCAGCAAGUAUCUGCUGCUGAUCGUGGAUGAAGCCAGCGGAUGCAUGAAGGGUUUUUGUCUGCAUUCCAAGUCAGAGAGCGAAGAGUGCAUCAAGAAGUACAUCACGAUGAUACAGACGCAGUUCAACAAGAAAGUCAAAUUUGUGCGACACGAUGGAGCCCGCGAGUUUGCGACGAACUCGCUUCAAGAUUUCUACGAAGUCGAAGGCAUCGAGCAACAAACCACGGUGCCAUACGCACAUCAAGCCAAUGGAACUGCUGAACGCGCGAUUCGAACUAUCGUCACCAUCGGUCGUAGCAUGCUCCAUCAUGCCAAGUUGGACAAGUGCUUCUGGGCUGAAGCGGCAAUGACGGCCGUCUAUGUGAAGAACCGUUUGCCGUCACCCAAGAUUCCACACAAGACACCGUUCGAGAUUGUCUACAAUUCUAAGCCAAGUGUCAAGCACAUGCGCGUUUUUGGGUGCCAAGCAUACACCUUGACCCCGAAGGAGAAACGACUCAAGUGGGAUCCCAAGGCCCGGGCUGGAUUGUUUUUGGGCUACGAAGAAGUGUCCAAGGCGUAUCGAGUUUAUGACAUCGAAGCGGGGCAGGUGAUGAUAAGUCGCGAUGUCAACUUCGAUGAGUCGGCCUUUGGAAUGUCGAUGCUGAUUUCCGAUGACGAUGUUGAUGGCCUGGACUUCGAAUCGAUCGAUCUUGAUGAUGAAGAACCGCGUCCGAGACACUUCAAACAAACAGGAAAGCGCAAGGCCCAACCCAGUCACGACAAUGACGACGCAAGCAUGCCCCGAGCAGUGCGCCAACGACCCGGAUUGGAAGAGUCAAGUGCGCCGGAUGACCUCUCUUCACGUCGAGCCAACGAAGAUGAAGAAAGGAAGUCGGAGGAACAACAUGACACACCGACUUCCUCCGCGUUUUGGCAUGCGAGUGCAAACGCCGUCGAAGCAGCGGUCGAUUUUUCGGAGCCGUCGACAUUUGAAGAAGCAGUGUCUGGCCCGGACCAAGUACACUGGCGCAAGGCAAUUGAUGCGGAGCUCGAUUCGAUGAAGCUUCGCGGUGUCUUUCGUGCGGCCAAGUUACCCAACGGACAAAGCGCCAUUGGCACAAAGUGGGUCUUCAAGAUCAAGCGCAAGGCGGAUGGGUCGAUCGAGAAAUACAAGGCACGACUUGUGGCCAAGGGUUUUCGCCAAAAGUAUGGCAUCGACUACACGGAGACGUUCUCGCCCGUGGUCAAGUAUGUGACGCUGCGAAUGGUCAUCGCCAUUACCAAGCACUUUGGAUGGCCCCUCGACCAGCUCGAUGUGGUGACUGCGUUCCUGUAUGGAGUGAUGAAGGAGAAGGUGUUCUGCGCUGUUCCGGAAGGCGUCAAGAUGGAAGGUGAUUUCGACUUGAUGAACUUUAGACUUCUUGGUCCGAGUGCAAAACGCAAAGUGAAUAUAUAUUUAUAA